AUGAGCAGCCGCAGCCAUGGAAAGGGAGCCGGUGGAGGAGGUGGCGAAGGAGGAGGAGGAGGUAGAGGCGGGUGGUCGGCUGCUUCUGCUGCUUCUGUGGCUGCUUCUCGCUGCCACCUCUGCCCGCUGCCUCAGUCCCUCAAUGUCCCACGUGGCCAGCCUGCCAGCACCGGAGGAGCUCCAGCCUCCGAUAGAGCCCUGGCGGCCAGCCAGAACUGUGAGUGUGGGUGCGCAUGGCACAGGGCCCAGGCGGGUGCCAAAGCCUCAGAGGUGGCAGUGGCGGCCAGAGGGGCCCCAUCAACAGCCAUUGGCGGCGGCGGCAGCAAGAGCCACUGCACAAACAAAAACGCCACAGCGGCGGCGGCAAUAUUCGUUUGUGUAUGUGGCCUCUUUCAGAUCUCCACCUGCACAAUGUAUCCCCACCAAAUCCUGCUUGCUAUUCUUGCAUUUAUUUCCCUGAGCCGUGUGACAAAUUCAGAGGAUGUUGAUGCGGCACUGAGGAAACAACUCAAAGAAGUUGCCAACUUAGAAAUGGUACAGAAUGCCUCUGAAAUUAUGAAUUGGAGAGAUCUUGUGUUGAGAUCAGCUAUUCCUUACAUGCGAGACUGUGAUGAAAUGUUCCAAGCAGGCCACAGAGAGAGCGGUCUUUACAUCAUACGACCUGAUAAUGCCCGAAAACUUGUGGUCCAGUGCUACAUGGAUGGAUGCAAUGGGUGGACAGUGAUUCAACACAAUACCCAUGACACUGAAAUCACAUGGUCGGAGACCUGGACAACCUACAAAUAUGGGUUUGGUAAUUUGGAAGCAGAUCACUGGCUGGGCAAUGAGUACAUCAGCCUCAUUACUCAACAAAAAUGGUACAAAGUCAGAAUACGUUUAGUUGAUGCUGAUGGCAACCACAAAUAUGCAGAAUAUGACAGCUUUGUCCUGCAGAAUGAGGACAAUGGUUAUGCGCUGAAGUUAGGGACCUAUGAGGGUAAUGCGGGGGACUCUCUCAGUAAUUCCCGGCUCAAAAACAUGCAUGACAACAUGAAAUUCUCUUGUAAAAAUCAAGACAAUGACAGGUCUACCUUGGAUAACUGUGCUAAUGUCCACGGAGGGGGCUGGUGGUAUGACAACUGCUUUAAUGCACAGCUAAAUCGCAAAGGUGGUCUUCACUGGAGCACAUUAUGUGAAGAGAACUGCAGGAGGUCAGUUAUAAUGUUGAAACCCAUCCACAUGUAUUGCACCCGGGUUUAA